AUGGCGCAGUCCUACUUAUACCAUUUAAAGAUCUAUCAGUAUCUCGUUGUUAUUGAUGAUAUAUGGAGCACGUUGGCAUGGCCAACAAUCAGAUGUGCUUUGCUUGAAAAUAACCUCUGCAGCAGAAUAUUGACAACAACACGCAUCACUUCUGUAGCAAGGUCAUGUUGCUCUCCUGACUACACUUAUGUUUAUGAAAUGAAACCACUAAAUGAGGUUAGCGCUGGAGAGUUAUUUUCAAAGAGAAUAUUUGGUUCCGUAAAUCAAUGCCCAUCUCACUUAAAAGAUGUAUCCAGUGACAUCUUGAGAAAAUGUGGUGGUUUACCACUGGCAGUUAUUAGUAUUGCCAGCUUGUUGGCUAGUAAACCAUGCACAAAAGAACAAUGGGAGAGUUAUCGGAAUCAUAUUAGCUCAACAGUCGAAGAUGUUCCCAGCGUAAGCAACAUGCAAAGGAUUAUAUCUCUGAGUUAUAAUGACCUUCCCCAUUAUCUGAAGACAUGCUUAUUAUAUCUGAGUACAUUUCCAGAAGAUUUUGUAAUACCAAGGGAUCAAUUAGUAAGAAGAUGGAUAGCCGAAGGCUUCAUCAAUACAUAUGGUGGACAAAGGUUACAACUAGUGGGAGAAUACUAUUAUAAUGAGCUCAUAAACCGGAGCCUGAUUAUGCCUGCGACACAACUAUGGGAUCGACAUGCUGCCUUUUGCCGAGUACAUGAUGUGAUUCUUGAUCUCAUUGUAUCCAAGUCAAUUGAGGAAAACUUUAUUACAUCAGUUGGUAACAAUAAUUACACAUGGGGAUCAAAAGAUAAAUUUCGUCGGCUAUCACUUGAUUGCUGUGGUGACGAAAAUAUUGAAGUACCAUCAAGUAUGGUUCUUUCCAGAGCUCGAUCAUUCAGUAUUUAUGGGUCUUCUGAACACAUGCCACUUCUUUCAGACUUUCAAGCACUACGGGUGAUGUCUAUUGAACAUAAUCGUACGUAGGAA